UAAGUUUAUAAUUUAUAUUUUCUCUUUUUAAAUUCAAACUUCAAAAAUGUUACAGACAUACUUUUUGAAUAUUUCCGAAAAAGUUUAGGUUAUUUGUUAUUUCUAAACCAUUAACCAUUCUAAACUAAGAUGUCUAUUUUAAUAUUGAUAGAUAAUUAUAUUUUUAUAAUUUUAAACUCUUAAGAAACAGAACAUGUUACAAAAUAGGUAUAUUUUUUGAAUAUCUCUGAGAAAGUGUAGGUUAUUUCUAAGUUGUACAUAUUUUAUAUUGAAACAAAUAGUUAAAUACCGAAUACCGUGUACACUUGUUUAAAUUAUAUAGGAAUACCAUAAUCAUUCCUAAAUAGUUUCUGUACGUCGACAUAAUAUGCACCUAUUAUUACCACAAUGAGCGAUAAGGUGUAGCCACAAAACUUCAUGAUUUAGAUAGAUGAACUGAUUAAGUUUUUACUUUUUUUGACCUUCAGAUAUUCAAUGUGACUUUCCAUAAUAUUUGAUGUAGCAAAGAGGGGCAAGAUACGAUAAACCGAGUUUUAAAUUAAUAAAAUCAGUUACUCGAAAGACGGCAAAAGGUGACGAUAACAUCGUCGUCAUACACUACACCUAACCUUCAAAAUAUCAGAUUGGGAUCAACAGGUCGUAUCGCCAUGGCUGGGAAAGGAGAUAUUGGUUUAAUUGGUCUAGCCGUCAUGGGCCAGAACCUUAUUCUAAACAUGGCAGAUCACGGAUUCACCGUAGUAGCAUUCAACAGAUCCAUAGAAAAAGUCCACCAUUUUCUUGCAAAUGAAGCUAAAGGAAAGAGUAUACUCGGAGCUGAAUCAAUCGCUGAUUUGUGCUCAAAGCUGAAAAGUCCCAGAAGAGUCAUGUUGCUCGUCAAAGCAGGAGAUGCUGUAGAUAGUUUUAUCAACCAAUUGGUGCCACAUCUUGAAAAAGGAGAUAUUAUCAUUGAUGGAGGUAAUUCAGAAUACCAAGACAGUGAAAGAAGAACUAAAGAGUUGGCUGCCAAAGGAAUCCGUUUUGUUGGUUCUGGUGUUUCAGGUGGUGAAGAAGGUGCCCGUUACGGUCCAAGUUUGAUGCCUGGCGGUAACAAAGAAGCAUGGCCCUACAUAAAAGAUAUCUUCCAAGGUAUCUCUGCCAAGGUUGAUGGCCAACCAUGUUGUGACUGGGUCGGUAAUGAUGGUGCUGGUCAUUUCGUCAAAAUGGUACACAACGGUAUUGAAUACGGAGAUAUGCAACUUAUUGGUGAAGUAUACCAUUUAAUGAGCGCCAUAGGAGUCAAUCAAGAACAGAUGGGCAACACUUUCGACAAAUGGAACAAAGGAGCUUUGGACAGUUUUCUUAUUGAAAUUACCAGAGAUAUUUUGAGGUAUAAGGAUAGCGAUGGCCAAUACCUUCUUCCCAAAAUCCGUGAUACAGCUGGUCAAAAAGGAACAGGAAAAUGGACAGCUAUAUCCGCCCUUAACUAUGGAGUUCCAGUUACUCUAAUCGGUGAAUCAGUCUUCAGCCGUUGCCUUUCAGCUCUCAAGACCGAGAGACAACACGCCAGUACCAAACUUCAAGGACCUAAUGCUAAAUUCUCCGGAAAUGUCGCCAAAUUCCUCGAUGAUCUUGAACAAGCAUUGUAUGCUGCCAAGAUCGUGUCUUACACUCAGGGAUUCAUGUUGUUGAGGGAAGCUGCAAAGGUACAUAACUGGGAACUAGAUUACGGAGCAAUCGCCCUUAUGUGGAGAGGUGGAUGCAUCAUCAGAUCAGUAUUUUUGGGAAAGAUUAAGGAAGCCUUUGACAAAGACAUGAACCUUAACUCCUUGUUAUUGGACCCAUUCUUUUUAGACGCUAUUACCAAAGCUCAACAGGGAUGGAGGAAUGUUCUAACUACUGCUGUCACUUUAGGUAUUCCAACUCCAGCUUUAAGUACCGCUUUGGCCUUCUACGACGGAUACAGAUCUGAGCGUCUUCCAGCAAAUCUUUUGCAAGCUCAAAGAGACUACUUCGGGGCACACACAUAUGAAUUAUUGGGUAAAGAAGGUAAAUUCGUCCACACCAACUGGACGGGCCACGGUGGAAACGUUUCUGCUUCCACUUACGAUGCUUAAGGUGUAUUAAAAGACGGGGGGUUGUUGUUGAAUGUUGUUAUGUAUACAAUAUAUAUUUUUAAAUAAAUUUUUUAUUCUAAA